AGUGUUCAGUGUGUCAGUGAAAAUUUUCCUGUGAAUUUUUGCAGAAAUUUCCAAGAGUGAAAAAGUGCUGUCUUGUCGGUGUUUUAGGUGGAAAGUCUCAUUGGAAAGGCAAACGAUACUCCCAGAAUUAUGGAUAUACUACUUGAUGAGGUGGAAUCACUGGAGGCGAUCCUCAUGGAAGAUGUGAGCAUCACCAGGAAUCUAGAGAGUGGCUUCCCGGAGCUGAUAGAGACAACAGUGUUCCCCACUGUGGGCGGAGACCUAGAUCGGCAGUACGUCUGCGUGACAUUGCAGGUGAUGCCGGAGCCUGGAUAUCCGGACGUAAAACCGCAGUUUAAACUGAGAAAUCCACGUGGACUCUCCGACACUAGCAUCAACGUCAUGGAGGAGACGAUGCGGAAAAAGCUGGAGGAGUGCAUUGGCCAGCCUGUUGUGUUCGAUCUGAUCGAGAUCAUCCGGGAGCAGCUCACUGACAGCAAUCUGCCAUCCGGGCAGUGCGUCGUGUGCCUGUACGGCUUUCAAGAGGGUGAUGAAUUCACAAAGACCGUGUGUUAUCACUAUUUGCAUAGCUACUGUCUGGCACGGCACUUGACAGCGUCGCGUCGCAACUACCAAGAGGAGCACGAUAAGCUGCCGGGGUGGCAGAAGAAGCAGGCGAAACCCUAUCAGGCCACGUGCCCCGUGUGCCGAGAGUCAAUUAGCGACGAGGUGGAGCCUCUGGGCUGCGCCCAGCCCCCCGUAGAGCUAGAGAACGCCCCCAAUUUCCAGCUCACUGACGAGAUAAGGGAGAUGCAGACGAAAAUGGCAGACCUGUUCCUGCGCCAGAAGAUUCGGGGUGGCAUAAUUGAUGUGGACGCAGACGAGGGCAAUGUAAUCUCUAUUGAUAAUGAAGAGGACACACCGGAUGGGCACAAGGCCUCUGACACAAGCCCAGAGGAGCCGCCGAUUGAGAUUCCUCUCACGCCGACGCGACGCGGUGGCUACGCUCACCAGAGAGGCAUCACCCGGAGCACCCAUCAGCGGACGCAUCACGGUGGGAAUCACCACAAUCACAGCUACAGGCGCAACAACAGAAAUCGCCGGGGAUCCGGAAGGGAUCAACCCUGCGGCUCCCACCCUAGAUGACAAUGGCUAUU